UUAAAAACAUGGUCCGUGUCAUAGACUUCGGACCAACCGGAAAACCCGACAAACAAUUUCCAGAUUCGGUCGCACAAUUUUUUCAUUUCAUCUCUACGUUCCACACGAAGACAAAAAACCAAUACCAUUCAAAAAGCCAAUUCCGUCUCUCCCUCUCCUUUCUCGUCCUCUCAGAAGCUCUGGAUCUGAAUUCCCAUUUCUUUUUCCGAAGUCGGUCUUCUUCUUUUUUAUUAUUUUUAUCAGAUCGAUCGGAAAAGAAUUUCUCGGAUCUUUAAUUUAUAUCAAUUAAUAUAAAUGGCAUCGGAGGAAUUGAUGUCCGGAGGUGGACCACGGUACUAUCAGAUGCAAUCGGAGCCGUUGCCGUCGAUGAUGUCAUCGUUGUUCUCGUUCUCUCAAGGUGUCGCUCCUGAGUCGACUCGGAUUUUCGACGAGUUACCUAAAGCCACCAUCGUCUCCGUCUCCAGACCCGACGCCGGCGAUAUUAGCCCCAUGCUCUUAUCUUACACCAUCGAAUUCCAAUACAAACAAUUUAAGUGGCGGUUAUUAAAGAAAGCUUCACACGUUUUUUACUUACACUUUGCUUUGAAGAAACGAUUGUUUAUUGAAGAAAUUCAUGAGAAGCAAGAGCAGGUUAAAGAAUGGCUUCAAAAUCUAGGAAUAGGAGACCAUACGCCAGUUGUGCAAGAUGAUGAUGAACCAGACGAUGAUGCUGUUCCUUUACAUCAUGAUGAAAGCGCUAAAAACAGAGAUGUUCCUUCAAGUGCUGCUCUUCCAGUUAUUAGACCAGCCUUGGGAAGGCAGUCUUCUAUGUCUGACAGAGCAAAGGUUGCGAUGAAAGAAUAUCUGAAUCACUUUCUUGGAAAUAUGGAUAUUGUUAACUCUCGAGAGGUUUGCAAGUUUUUGGAGGUUUCAAAGCUGUCAUUUUCACCAGAGUAUGGCCCUAAGCUGAAGGAAGAUUAUGUAAUGGUGAAGCAUCUGCCAAAAAUUGCAAAGAAUGAUGAUUCUGAUAGAUGCUGUGCAUGUCAUUGGUUUAGUUGCUGUAAUGACAACUGGCAAAAGGUGUGGGCUGUACUGAAACCUGGAUUCUUGGCCUUACUGGGAGAUCCUUUUGAUACUAAACCUUUAGACAUAAUUGUUUUCGAUGUAUUACCAGCCUCAGAUGGUAACGGUGACGGCCGGGUAUCAUUAGCGGCAGAAGUAAAGGAACGUAAUCCUUUACGCCAUGCUUUUAAGGUCACAUGUGGAAUCCGGAGCAUAAGGUUAAGAGCGAAGAGUAGUGCUAAAGUUAAAGAUUGGGUUGCUGCUAUUAAUGAUGCUGGGCUUAGGCCCCCUGAGGGCUGGUGUCAUCCUCAUCGCUUUGGCUCUUUUGCUCCUCCAAGGGGUUUGACAGAAGAUGGUAGUCAGGCUCAAUGGUUCAUUGAUGGUAGGGCGGCUUUUGAGGCUAUAGCUUCCUCAAUUGAGGAUGCAAAAUCAGAGAUAUUUAUUUGUGGCUGGUGGCUUUGCCCAGAAUUGUAUCUACGCCGUCCUUUUCAUGAGCAGCCAUCCUCCAGGCUCGAUGCUUUGCUGGAAGCCAAAGCCAAGCAAGGGGUUCAGAUAUACAUCCUUCUCUACAAAGAAGUUGCUCUUGCUUUGAAAAUUAACAGUGUCUAUAGCAAGAGAAAGCUUCUUAACAUUCAUGAGAAUGUGAGGGUAUUGCGUUAUCCUGACCAUUUCUCUACUGGUGUCUAUCUAUGGUCCCACCAUGAGAAACUUGUAAUUGUUGAUAACCAAAUUUGUUUUAUUGGUGGACUUGAUUUAUGCUUUGGUCGGUUUGACACAUUUGAACACAAGGUGGGUGAUAAUCCUCCCUUAGUAUGGCCUGGAAAAGACUACUAUAACCCAAGGGAAUCUGAACCAAAUUCAUGGGAAGAUACAAUGAAAGAUGAGUUGGAUCGAGAAAAAUAUCCUCGAAUGCCUUGGCAUGAUGUCCAUUGUGCGCUCUGGGGACCACCUUGUCGUGAUGUAGCACGACAUUUUGUUCAGCGCUGGAACUAUGCCAAGAGAAAUAAAGCUCCAUAUGAGGAAGCAAUUCCACUACUUAUGCCUCAGCAGCACAUGGUGAUUCCACAUUAUAUGGGAAGAAGCAAAGACACUGACUCUGAGAGCAAGAAUAUUGAGGACAACAAUAAAGGCAUUAGAAGACAGGAUUCCUUUUCUUCUAGGUCAUCUUUACAAGAUAUUCCUUUACUUUUGCCUCAAGAGGCUGAGGAGUUGGAUAGUUUCAGUGGGUUUCCAAAGUCGAAUGGGUUGGACUCGACUGCAAGUAAAAGUGCUUCUUUUGCUUUCCGAAAGUCCAAAAUAGAACCAGCAGUUGCAUACACACCAAUGAAAGGGUUUGUUGAUGACCUUGACUCCUUGGAUAUUCAUUUGGAAAGAUCUUUGGAUGUAAAAAGGCAGCCUAGAAACAAAAUUUCAGAUCCAGAAUGGUGGGAAACGCAGGAACGGGGUGAUCAAGUUGGUUUUGUGGAUGAAGCUGGACAGGUUGGUCCACGUACUUCAUGCUGUUGUCAGGUGGGUUGUAUUCUCAUUAAGACUUUGAAUUUUUGUAUCUGCCUCGUAAGAUUGGUUCAUGUUUCUGGAUUUUGAUAUCGCUAUUUCUUA